AAUUCAGUUCCUACAGUUUACCAACCACAGUCUAGACUAUCGACGCGACGCGAGCAUUGAGGUCACCUACCUUAGUCGAUCCUCUCGCGUGCUUCCAUGAAACGUGGUGAAGAUCACUGAGUUCACCUACCACAUUCGAUAGUCUCGACUCUCGACUUGAGCAUUGCAAGAAUGGGGGAGCGUAAUUCAACCUUCGAGAUGCCUAGAGUGAAGCUUGGGAAUCAGGGGCUUGAGGUCUCAAGAUUAGGGUAUGGCUGCAUGGGGCUUACAGGUAUCUAUAACAAUCCUCUCCCUGAGAAAGAAGGCAUCAAAGUGCUCAAGGAAGCUUUUAAUAGAGGAAUUACAUUCUUUGAUACUGCUGAUGUAUAUGGGGUUCAGCAUGCUAAUGAGAUACUAGUUGGGAAGGCAUUAAAGGAAUUACCUCGAGACAAGAUCCAAUUAGCCACAAAAUUUGGUAUUUUCAAGAUUGAAACCACUGGUAUUAAAGUCAAAGGUACCCCUGAAUAUGCCCGUUUGUGUUGUGAGGGUAGCCUAAAGAGGUUGGGUGUGGACUACAUUGAUCUUUAUUAUAUACAUAGAAUUGACACAACUGUUCCUAUUGAAGACACUAUGGAAGAACUUAAAAAGAUGGUGGAAGAAGGUAAGAUAAAGUACAUCGGGCUAUCUGAAGCUAACGCAGACACAAUCAGGAGAGCACAUGCCAUUCAUCCAAUCACUGCUUUACAAAUGGAAUAUUCCCUUUGGACCCAUGAUAUUGAGGAAGAACUGAUUCCAUUGUGCAGGGAACUUGGAAUAGGCAUAGUUCCAUACAGUCCUGUUGGGCGUGGAUUUUUUGGGGGCAAAGCAAUUAAAGAAAGUGUACCCGAAAACAGUAUAUUGGGUUCACAUCCGAGGUUUACUGGAGAAAACUUUACAAAGAACAAGGUUGUUUAUGAUCGUGUAGAAGCAAUGGCAAAAAAUCACAGAUGUACCCCUAUUCAGCUUGCUCUUGCGUGGGUUCUUCAUCAGGGGGAGGAUGUAGUGCCUAUUCCUGGGACAACUAAGAUUAAGAAUCUUGAUGAGAAUGUUGGUACAGUUAAAGUGAAACUUACAAAAGAAGACGUUGGAGAAAUUUCUAAUGCGGUGCCUAUCGAUGAAGUUGCUGGUUGUAGAACUGGUGAAGCUCUUCUACGUAUCUCGUGGAAAUUUGCAAAUUCGCCCCCUAAGAACAACACUUGAUCAUCUUCAUGUACCCAUGCUCCACUAUAUACCUUUUUGUGACCCUGUGCUCUGGGGACAUUGUGAUUUAUCUUCCUCAUGUUAGCAGUUGUGGGAAUUAGGUAUUGUUGUUGUUGUGGUAAACAGGCAGUGAGAUUGGUUGGUUAGCGGUAUUAUGUAAACACAUGUUUUAAGCUAUGUUUUUCUUCAAAGGUGUUUCGAUAUAUGUGGAUCCUAAAUUGUAGAAUAUGGUUAUAUGUGUGGAGAAAGUUUUGUAUUGUUGAGAAAAUGAAUAAUACAUCUCUUAUGUGGAUGUAGCACGGUUAUCUUGAUUGUGUGAACCAG